CGCUCGCUGUGGAUGCUCGCCGACGGCGCUCACAUGUUUUUUGGCGGCGCCAGAAAUAUGGCGGAUAGUGCUAGUGAAAGUGAUAGCAGCUCAGUUGACGGAGCAAUGGUUGCCCCGUCUCCUCUGUCGCGAGAGCAGAUGCAGAAACGCGUUGACUCUCUCCAGCAGGAGAACCGGGUGCUGAAGAUGGAACUGGAAACUUACAGGCUUCGAGUGAAGACGUUGCAGGAGCAGAACCGCGCGUUGCGGCAAGUCAGCGUCAACAUUCAAGCCAAAGCCGAACAGGAGGAGGAAUUCAUCAGCAACACGCUGUUGAAGAAGAUUCAAGCGCUCAAGAAAGAAAAGGAGACGCUCGCCCUUAACUACGAACAGGAGGAGGAGUGCCUUACGAAUGAUCUUUCCCGAAAGCUCAACCAGCUUCGCCAGGAGAAGGUUCAGCUGGAGAAGAGCUUGGAGCAGGAACAAGAGGCACUUGUGAAUAAGUUGAUGCGAAAGAUAGAACGUCUAGAAGCGCAGACAUUGGCCAAGCAAGCAAACCUGGAGCAGUUGCGCCGAGAAAAGGUGGAGCUGGAGUGCACACUGGAACAAGAGCAAGAGGCACUGGUGAACCGCCUGUGGAAGCGAAUGGACAAGCUGGAGGCCGAAAAGCGCCUGCUACAAGAACGGUUGGAGCAGCCCCCAUCAGCGCCACCAUCGCCUCUUGAGCCUGGGCGUGACACGCCCACUGCAUUGGGGGCCCACGUAGCAAGACUGCAUGGGGAGCUGGCGCGCCUUCGUGCCCAGCUGUAUGACACACAGCAGGAGCACAAUGAGAAGGUGGCCCAGUAUGCCCAGGAUGAGCGCCAUAUCCGUGAGCAGAAUGUACGCCUUCAGCGCAAGCUGCAGCUUGAGAUGGAUCGCCGCGAGGCUCUCUGCCGCCACCUGUCGGAGUCAGAGUCAAGCUUAGAGAUGGACGAGGAAAGGCACUUCAAUGAAAUGGCACACGGCAUGCGGCCCAGAACUGUGUCAAGCCCAAUUCCUUACAAUCCGUCUCCAAACUCCUCAAGGCCUCUUAGUCCAGGUCUUCCAGUUAGUGGUGUGCUGGGCAAUCUGUCUCGGGAGGCUCUAAGCCCAUCUGGGUCUCUAAAUCGCUGCCAGACUUGUGGACAGUCCCUGUUUCAUGCAAGUGGGCCUACAGCACCGCCAUCUGCAUUCCUGCUGCCUUCCCCAUCUCCGCCCACAGUAAAUAUGCUGCCGCCACACCCUGCUAGUUUCCCCUCCUCAAACCAGGCCCGUGUGCGCACGUCAUCACAGGAGCGGUUCUCCAAGGGCCCUGCCUCAGCAACACCUGUGGUGUCUCCAGUCGCACCCGGUCACCUGAGCAUCACAACAAACCUGGCGCCGCCAACUGUGCCAGCUGCAGCAUCCCCUAUGAUGGACUGACCGACAGUGUUCCCACAAAUUGCAAUGAUGGAACCUUUGUGUGUUCCACUUACUACUGAAGUCACAGUCAAUUUUCUGCCCUAACUAUGGAAGCAGAACCCCCAAGUGAGCUGCGCAACACCAAGUGCUUUUUUCAAGGCACACUAUUGAAUUGAGGCUGAAGGAAGGGUUACCAAUUCACCAGAGUUGGUGGGUCUUGUUACAAGUAGUUAGCACGCCUCAAGGGUUUGUGGAUGGCAACAGUAUGCUCAUGGAAGGUUUGUUGGCAAAAGAAAUGCCUUGUUUCACAUGUCCCUCUUUUUAAGCUGGUUGUACAAGUGGUUUAAAAUGCAGCUCUAAAGUUUUUUUAAUUUUCUAUCCUACAGGACAGUAGGUUUUUGUGCAUUACAUACUUUUAUCUUGUGCUUGUACUAUCUUGUUCUUAAUGUGCUGGUUUGACACACCAGGUUUGACAUGCUUUUUCAUGUGACAAAGUUCGGGAGGGAGGGGGGAGACACUACUGCCAGCCAAAGAAGCUGCUAAAGAGGCUUGGGAUGGGGGCUUUAUUUAUUUAACGGGGAAAUUCAGACAGCAGUGUAUUGUAUGUCUCACUCAUGGUGGAUGUCAGUAAAUCAACACUGUCAUGAGUGAAAAGGGCAGCACUAUAGAAUGUUUUAUUUUCUCGCCUGUGCACGCUUCUUGACGUAGCCUGCAUUGGCAUUAACCUUUACAGUCCGAGAAAGUAGCGCCUGCCGAUGGAGUUUUUAGUUUUGACCUCGAGGGUGUCUGUGUUUGUGCCAUUAACUGAGCUUUGGUAAUAGAGGAAGUUGGAUAUCCAAAGGUUUUCAUAAAUGCAGGAGAGGGUUGCAUCAUAUGGAGUAGUGAGUAAUGACUCCCCCAGUGGUUCUAGUCAUUUCAGGUAGGGUUAUCUACUACACUAAUUAAUUGAUUGAUGGAAUAUUUGCAUGAAAGCUGCUGAGUGCUAAAAAAAAAAAAAGCAGGUCUUUGAUGCAGUGCAAAUUGGUGAAGCAGGCAUUGAAAGAGCCCAGUGAGAAUUUUAAUGUUACUGCUGUAAGGUUACCAUAGUUGCUUUUUUUUUUUUUUGCAUUGGGAAUGCGUUUUUUUUCUCUGAAGGGGAUGUGUAUUUUUAACCAGAUUACAUGCAGGGAAGUGCACGUGCAAAACAUCUAGAAAAAAUAUGAAGGCCUCCAAACUCCGGUGUAACAUCAUGCCAGUGAGAUGGGCCUAACCGUUGGCUUCGGCGCAUCUAGGCUUAUUGUGCUUGUAGGCAGUCCCAUUGCAAGUCGCUAUUUGAGACUUCAGAAAAUUAGCGCUGUCUUUUUUUUUAACCUAGCAAUUUAUAUGCUCUGGUCCCAACGUCAGACACAUAUAACUAAUGGAAAAAUAUUAGUCCUUCGCACUGGUUCACGACCUUGUAUCCCAUCAUAAGCAGCAUCAUUCUCUUACUCUUUCCUUAGAUUAAUUAACUGUAAAUGAUUACAGUCUAAAAAUAAAUAAGCUUCGCCCACAUCACCGUCCCAACCAGGCAUCAUUUUCAUAAAUGUCCCACUGAUUACAAUCUCUAAUUUAAGUGAUGUCAGGACCUUUGACUCGGAGGAAUAAGAAUUAACUGCCCGCUCAAGUGAUCGCAUCCCAAACCAGGCGGGGGGAACCUUUUUGCAUGCUGACCAGACUAUAUAUACAAAGACUCUUUCAUACGAGCUCUUUGAGGACCCAUGCCUGAAAUUGUGCCAGAAAACUUCUGGACGCUUCUCUAGUUCUCUCUCCAGUUUGCAGUUGUGAGAAAGUUCUGAUGGGCUUGUCCCCGGUCGCAUGGAGACAGGUGGGUCAUUGCAUGCCAAAUCAGUGUUUUUCCUACCACCACGAAUAUGACUGAAAAAAUUUCCACAUGUUAAAUUCAAAACGCACCCUGCUCAUUUAUUUCUGUUGCCAAAAAUUUCCCGCCCUAUUUAUGAGAGUCUGUAGUUUGGCGCCGACUGAGCUAGAGAGCAUCAAACUUUUUUUUUUUCAAAAUAGUUUUUGUAAUUGACAAAAUUGUAUUUACGGCAAGGUAAUGAAGUGACCUAGCUGUAAAGUAAUGUCUUAUACAGAUUUAAUUCUUCGAGGGCGGGCUUUGCCCACGAGUAAUAUUGAAUAAAGUUGCCAAAUUUGGCAUUUUUGGGGGGAACACCGCAAGCUCAAAGGACACAAAAUAUGUGCUGGUGGCCUAUUUAACAUGCUGCAAAGUAAAAAUAAUUUGGUCACUGAAGUUAUAGGGGAUAGUC